AACAACAACAAACACAACAAUGUGUAUGUGAUUACAUUAAGUGUAAUAAAAGUUGCCAUAUAUUUAGUGAGGACACACAUCAACAAACAAUUUUUUAUUUAAUUAUUUUGUUUUUGGGGUCAGAUCACCAGCAAAAAAAUAAAAAGUUUUAUAAAUUUUAUUUAUAUAUAAAAAAAACAAACAAAAACAAAAUGAGUAAAUUAGUGAAGAAAAUCUUCGGCGGCGAACGCCGUAUCAAAGACAGCAGUCCCGGUGGCCAACAACGGCCUGGAGGUGUUGCCUGUCCGGACAGUCCGGCCGAGCAUCGUAUAUCGGAAAUUGGACAACCAAUGAACGUCAGGCACAAUGUCCACGUAGGCUUCAAUCCGGAUACCGGUAAGAUCGAAGGUCUGCCAAUGCCGUGGCUGGAUCUGCUACAGGAGGCCAACAUUACCAAAGCUGAACAAUCGGAAAACCCGACGGCAGUAUUGGACGCACUCAAACUGUAUGCCUAUUCGUUUCGCAAGAAACCCGACAAAUUUCUGGCCAACCAGGAGACCAUUGACAACGAAAUCGAAGAAAUUGAACACCAAUUCGGUGGCAACAAACCGUCGCCGUCGCCCAAUGAUGUCGGCUCUCAAGACAACGACGACCAGCUGUCGUACGCCAUGAAUACGCAAAAGUUUUUCGACAACACUGGCCAUACGAUACCACCGCCGCCGCCGCGAUCGCCGGCCAUCAUUGCCAAACAACAACAACAACUAAAGCCAUUGGCAAAAGAUUCACACAAUUAUGUGGAGUACAAUCCUCAGCAUAAUAAUCAUAAUCAUCAGCAACAACAACACCAACAGCCACAACACCAUCAUCAACAUCAACAGAUGAAUAAAGAUCACCAUCAAAAUGGUGAGCCACAGAUGCGCCGCAAACCGGCACCACCGAAGUCACUGACCGAAGAAGAAGUGAUGAGCCAAUUGAAGUCGAUUGUCAACAAUCGGGACAAUCCGAAAACACGGUACAAGAUAUUGAAAAAGUUAGGUUCCGGUGCGUCGGGUACUGUCUAUACGGCUGUCGACAAUCUUACACAGGAUAAGGUGGCCAUCAAGACAAUGGAUUUGGCCCAACAACCGAAAAAAGAGCUGAUCAUCACCGAAAUUAAGGUCAUGAAAGACAAUCAACAUCCCAAUUUGGUCAACUAUUUGGACAGUUAUCUGGUUGGCAAUGAUCUAUGGGUUAUAAUGGAGAUACUGGAGGGCGGAGCCCUUACCGAUGUGGUUACCGAAACAGUGAUGCGCGAGAGUCAGAUGGCGGCCAUCUGUAAGGAGACUCUCAAAGCCGUUGCAUUUCUUCAUUCAAAAGGUAUAAUACACCGGGACAUCAAAAGCGACAAUGUUUUGCUGGGUAUGGACGGCACAGUCAAAGUAACCGACUUUGGCUUCUGUGCCCAGAUAUCGCCCGAUGAAAAACGACAGACAAUGGUCGGUACGCCCUAUUGGAUGGCACCCGAAGUGGUAUCCCGUAAACAGUAUGGAAACAAAGUUGAUAUAUGGAGCUUAGGUAUUAUGGUUAUCGAGAUGGUCGAGGGAGAGCCGCCCUAUCUAAACGAAACGCCACUAAAAGCAUUGUAUUUGAUUGCAACUCACGGCAAACCCGAAGUCAAAAGUCGUGAAAAAUUGUCGCCCGAAUUGAUUGACUUUCUUGACCGAUGUCUUGAAACUGAUGUCGAAAAGAGGUCGUCGGCCGACGAUCUAUUGAAUCAUAUAUUUUUGUCGAAAGCCGAAAAUUUGUCGACAAUAACACCAUUGAUAAAAGCGGCCAAAAAGAUACUCAACAAAUAAUUUGAUUGAUUAUAACAAACAAAUUGACACAAAAAAACACAAUUAUAAUUAUAUAACACAAAUUAGGUUUUAUAUUUAUUAUUUAUAUAAACAAAAACAAAACUAAUAAAUUGACAGAUAAGAGGUUUUUUAUUAAGUUUUUCAG